AUGUCCGCCGCGUCUGCUGACGUCGAACUGUCAGAUCAGGCGCCGGGAAAUGAGAGUGAUACAUCCGGUGUGUCUUUUCGGCCAGAAGAUAGCGAUAGCGAUGUGCCAGACGGUGAUCAAGUCGGAGGUUCGACCACUCAGACUUCACCAGAGCCUUCACGGUCUUCCGAACAGUGCGGCGGAGUCUCCUGCAGCUCCAAACACUCUGUGCGUAGUCCGAUUCGCUCUAGAGAUUUGCCAGAUUUCAGUGACGACCCUGAUGACGACACUGACGAGGAUAUUGCAAACGUACCCCUUGACUAUGGGCGUUCCGAGAAGACCAAGGUUCGCGGGGUUCGAAUUGAGCAACGCUGGCAAAAGUAUUGCCGAGUGAAGGCCAAAAGCCCUGAUGCGUCGUUGAAAUGGAAUGAUCCGACGGAGGCUCUUCGUCAGGUCACACCCAAUGAUGUACAUCGUUUUCUCAACUACUGCCUGAAACUGAAGUAUGGCCAAGAUGGCAGGCAUUUGAAAGGAACAAACAAGGCUAGUUCCCUCAAAGCCGAUUGGAAGAGUUUCUGCGGCUACUUUCGAAGAAUAACCCGUACCAGGAUCAGCCCCGAAGAUCGCGAAGAAAUCAACGCAGGAAUUCGGUUGCUGAUCGACAAAUGGGAACUCGAUCAGCAAGAGCGAGGAAAAGAACCAGUCUAUGUACAAGACUUGACCGAGCUAAAUGAGACCAUUCUUCGAACCCAGGAAAGACGAUUUCAUUUUGGAUACGAGCGCAUUCAAAUGUGUCUCUUUAGCAUGAUUGGCAUUUACACCGUGAAUCGACUAAGUGCCCUGCUCUCGUUACAACUCAAGCAUCUGCAGUUCUCCAUACAGAAGGAUCCUCAGGGUGGCCCUCCCGUGCUUCUGGCGGAAAUCAAGUCAGAGCAUACCAAGCGGUUCCUCGGGUCUGAGGCCAUCAACACUUUUCCAUUCCCUGAAAUCAUAGACGACCCGUCUCUUAUCUUCAGCCCGCAUGUAUUCAUCUUUGGUAUACUUUUUUGGCUGCAAGCGUUUGAAUCUCCAGCCCUUUCCUCUAUGGAGAGACUCCGAAGUCUGUUUGUUCAAGGCGGUCGCCAGCAGAUGCAACUCCCCUUAAAACCUGAGGUCGAGGACCAUUACAUUUUUUGCAAGACACAAGUCACCAACGGUUAUCCGAUUCUUCGGUGGGAUCAACCCAUGCUUGAUGUUACCAUGUCCGCUCGACUCAGGAGUCUCGGAGAGAUUCAUGGUUGGCUUCAUUCGAUGUUUGCACAUCUCAGCGAAGCUCAGCAGAAUCUGAUCAUGAAGCAUGCGGACUCCCGCACCUUCCUUAAUCAUUACCUUCCGCGACACAUUGAUACGGACAUGCAAAAUGUGAUGAACGGCCGCGAUUCCAAUAAAUCAUUGAUGCGCGCAAUCACCCGCAUGAGCAGGUGGAUCGAUACGAGGCGACCUCGACAUCUGACCGCCGAGCAACGAGCGUCGAUCCGUGAGCAUCCUGAGUAUGUCGAAGCGGUCCAACGAUUUGAUGAGCAAGCUGAAGUUUGCAUUCAUGACCCGAGUGAGCAGAUGCGAUCGCGACGUGACAAACUCGCUCGCGAUAAGCUCAACACGUUUGGCCGGCUAGAGAGAGCAUUGAGGCAGAAAAUUCGAAAAGAAUUUGACCGCAAACAGGCAAACAUAGACAUUGAGCGGCAGCUCUCUGGAGCGGCCAUCGACGACGAGGAAGCCAAGAAUGUCCUUCGAACGGACAGUAUGCUACCAGAGCAGAUCAAUCUGCUUGAAAAAUUGUUUACCUGGCCGACUUCCCAUUCAUUAGAUGCGGAGUGGCAGAGACGAAAUGCCGCUGUCGUUGCAAUCUCGCAAUACUGUGGUCACCUUGAAGGUGGGCCGCUGCGUGGACGACGUAAACGGACGGCUCCGAGCGAUGACACUGAUGAAGAGCAAAGAACAAUGAAAUUGCAGUCAUUGAAAACAGUCCCUCUCUCUCCCGAAGUGUCGCAGGAAGAGUUGCUUCUGGAGAAAGCGGGAAAGUAUAUUCGAAAGGCCAAAAAACCUCGACGCUGUUUUCAAUGUUAUGGCGAUGCCCAGCUUCCUGUCCUUCGUCGGACACAGAAAUAUAGCGAAUACAAAUCAACCUUACGACAUUUUCGAAAAUGUCAUUUGAAGGAUCGGAGAUGUCAUAUGUGCAGUGAAGAUCUUUUGCACGAAAUGCAUCUUCGCAGGCACGCAGAAGACGUCCAUCGACUUGCCACCGAACGCAAUUACUACGCAAAACAGGAGAAAGAAGAAUCAGGAUCCGACAUUGAUACGGACUGA